AUGGCGUGUCAGAGGUCCCUCCUGCUCCUCCUCUGCGUGAUGAUCGCCCUCACCAUCCACUUGUCCAAAGCUCAGCACUGGUCCCACGGCUGGUACCCUGGAGGGAAGAGGGAGAUCGACCUGCCCCAGAGUCCAGAGGCCUCCGAAGACAUCAAACUCUGCGAUGGGGAAGACUGCACUUACCUGAAGAUCCCGAGAGAUAAAAUUGUGACCACUCUCCUGGCCGACUUGCUAGCAAAGCACCUGCAGAAGAAGAAGUGA